GGUGGGCCGGCGUGCGAGAGAGCCCAGCGAGUUUGCGAGAAACAAGCCAUCGGGCGAGGUUUCAUGCCAUAAAAAGACAAACACUGUUCUGUCUGCAAUUUUUGUUUGAGGUAAUACUCCCGGAGGUCGGAGCCAUAUCAUGUCGACGACCUCGUCCGACCCGCGCCGGCCGCUGCGCGUCACGCGCUACAAGUCCCCGCUGGCGGCCAACCCCAACUCGAGCGCCCCGGUGCCGGGCGAGGACCCGACGGCCGACUACAUGAACGUGCUCGGCAUGAUCUUCAGCAUGGUCGGCCUGAUGAUGCGCGUCAAGUGGUGUGCCUGGGUGGCCAUCAUGUGCUCGUGCGUCAGCUUCGCCAACUCGCGCAUCAACGACGACACGAAGCAAAUCCUGAGCAGCUUCAUGCUGUCCAUCUCGGCGGUGGUCAUGUCGUACCUGCAGAACCCCGAGCCGAUGAAGCUGCCCUGGGAGAUGCUCUCCUGAAGCCCGCUGGCCGGCGGGGCCGGCGUCUGGGAGGUGGGCAGGUCACCUCCUGACGAGGGGGCCACGGGCACGUGGUGCAAGAUAACCUCCUGAGUUGAGUAGAUGGCACACUGUUCAGAGCAGGAGUCAACACCCCUCUGGAGGUGGGCAAACGGACACGGCCGGAACAGGUGUGGCACGUAAUACCGCGCGGAACGAAGUUGGCUGGUGUGGCCCGGUGUCCGGGGACCGCCUGGCGUGUGCCACUGUCAGGCUCGACGCCAAGCUGUGGUCUGGUGGAGGUUCGGAGUUUGAUUGUGUAGACUUCUCGACCGAAGUGUGGCGAGGCUGACGGUGCCGGCCAGCGCACUGCUGGGGUGUCGGGUGUACCGUGGCUUCGAGCACGCGUGGAUCGGAUCGUACCGUGGUAUGCUUUGUUGUCUGUUUAGGAAUAUUUACAGAUUGAUGCGUUAUUUGCCAGGUCAACCAGCGUCGUUCCUCACGCUGUCUUCGUUGUCGGUGUUUGCUGAGUGAGUGUAUACGCACUGUGUGCCCAAAAAAUAUGCGUUUGGUGUUCCGUUUUCGCGACAUAUAAUGGUUGUAGCCAACAAUGCAAGCGUGGGCAUAAUCCAACUUUUUAUGUGAUAUAACCGACGUCUGUGAAUUCUCAA